AUGUAUCUUAUAGUGAGAGUUCAUUAUACUCAAAAUCAAAAGUAUUUCCUUCAAAAAAUUUUUAUUUUUCAGUUACUCCGCCUUGUAGGCCCCCAAUUAGCAGUGCCUUUACUUCUCUAUAUUUAUUUGUUAUUUGGUGUUUUCUGUUAUCGUUUAAUUGAUGGAGAAUUAAAAAACAUGCCUUUCACCGAAUUAUUUUUAUUUUGUUUUGGAACACUGACAACGAUUGGCUAUGGAAAUAUCAAACCUUCAACGUCAAUUUCUUUACUUUUUACAAUGAUAUAUGCCCCUUUAGGCAUUCCUUUGUGUAUGUUGACUUUGGCAAAUAUGGGGAAGCAUAUUACUAAAGCUUAUAAUUCUUUAACUUUAUCAUUGAGGAAUAAAAAAUUUCUCUCACACUCAAUUGGACAAAACAAAAGAUUGCCUUUAAUCGCAACAAUAACACUCUUUAUUUUAUCCCUAUGUGGAUCAGCAGCAUUAUUAUCUACAGAAGAAACGCCUCUCUUCCACACAGACCAUUUAUAUUUUGCUGUUGUUAGUUUUACAACACUAGGUUUCGGUGAUUUGUACCCGAACACGGAAGGCAAUAUAUUUCGAUUAAUUGGGAUCAUUUGUCUUCUUAGUGUGGGCAUUAUAGCGAUGGGAGUUUGGUUCCAAUUAGUAAAGAAUUGGCUACAAAAAAUAUUUUGCUAUAAAAAACGACGAUUUCGACAUGCUAGGAAUAUUCAGGCAAAAAUCGAUUUGUUAAAAUUUAAGGGAGGGACAAUACACCGUCUGACUUAA